ACACUGUGCACACCCUCUCUGUAUCACUCACACACAUUGUGACACACCCAAUGCAGCAGAGCGGCAUCACAUUACUGACUGACACACACAUGGUGACACCCUGCAGCGCGCUCACACACAGGAAGUUCCCCAUUUGGUAAUUUUGUGCCAUUUUCCCUUUACAUUCAGAAAGCGGAGCGAGCCGGGCCGAGUCUAACACCGAGACAUGGAGGAACCGGACGGGACCGAGAGCCGUAACCCGACCCUAGCAAAUCUGCCUGGCCAAGAAGAAAAAGUUGGAAUGGAAGACUUUGAACUGCUGAAAAUUUUGGGAACUGGGGCCUAUGGCAAGGUAUUCCUUGUACGUAAAGUGACAGGGCCAGACGCCAAGCGUCUCUACGCUAUGAAGGUUUUACGCAAAGCAGCCCUGGUUCAGAAGGAGAAGACUGCAGAGCACACGAGGACAGAGAGAAGUGUACUGGAACAUGUGAGAGAAAGUCCUUUUCUUGUGACUCUUCACUAUGCUUUCCAGACAGAGGCUAAACUCCACCUUAUACUAGAUUAUGUUAGUGGUGGGGAGCUUUUCACUCACCUCUACCAGAGGGACAACUUCUCAGAAGAUGCUGUGCGGUUUUAUUCAGGAGAAGUUAUUCUGGCAUUGGAGCACCUGCACAAGCUAGGCAUUGUAUACCGUGACAUCAAACUGGAGAAUAUCUUAUUGGACAGUGAAGGCCACGUGGUGUUGACGGACUUCGGCCUUAGUAAGGAGUUCUUAGAUGAAGAGAUCGAGCGCACCUAUUCAUUUUGUGGAACUAUUGAAUACAUGGCACCAGAAAUAAUUCGAGGACAGGGUGGUCAUGGCAAGUCUGUAGACUGGUGGAGUUUGGGGAUCCUAAUCUACGAACUGUUGACAGGAGCUUCUCCAUUUACCCUGGAGGGAGAAAAGAACACACAGAGUGAGGUGUCAAGGCGAAUUCUCAAGAUGGACCCAUCAUAUCCAUCGUCUUUGAGUUUUGAGGCACGAGACCUUCUUCACAGACUUCUCCGGAAGGAUCCAAAAAAACGCCUAGGGGCCACUGGUGCCUCCCAUAUAAAAGAACAUCCCUUUUACAAAGGACUAGAUUGGGAUGCACUCUCUCAUCGCAAGGUCACUCCCCCAUUUCGACCAUCUCUUCGCAACGAAACAGAUGUGAGCAAUUUCUCAGACGAAUUUACUAGCCUUGAUCCUGUAUAUUCGCCAGCUGCUACUCCUCCCUCUGGUGCCCGCAUCUUUCAGGGCUACUCCUUUGUAGCUCCUUCUGUCUUGUUUAGUGUGAACGCAGUUAUGACCGAUAUGCCUGCACCUUCUGUGGACAAGCCUGGGAGUCCUACAUUAGCUCUGAGUGCUGCCAUGAAGGAUUCCCCAUUCUUCCAGCAGUACGAGAUGGAUCUUCAAGAGGUAGUUUUGGGAUCUGGCAGUUUCUCUGUCUGCAGAAAGUGUCGCCAUCGACAGACCAAGAAAGAAUAUGCUGUGAAAAUCCUGAGCAAAAGGAUGGAGGUGAACACACAGCGGGAGGUAGCUGCUUUAAAGUUGUGUCAGGGACACCCCAACAUUGUAAUUCUGCAUGAAGUUCUUCAGGACCAGUAUCACUCCUAUCUCAUAAUGGAACUUCUUACUGGUGGAGAACUGCUCGAGCGCAUAAAAAAACAGUCCCGUUUCAGCGAAGUGGAAGCUAGCAGUCUUAUGCGAAGUCUGGUGAGCGCUGUUUCUCACAUGCAUGAGGCUGGAGUGGUGCACAGAGACCUCAAACCAGAGAAUCUACUCCUCUCAUCUCCUGGUGAGGACGCAGUCCUGAAGGUGAUAGAUUUUGGGUUUGCCAGGCUCCGCCCCCCUGGAUCACGUCCUUUGCACACUCCCUGCUUUUCACUGCACUAUGCAGCCCCAGAGCUGCUCUCCCACCAGGGCUAUGAUGAGUCGUGUGACCUUUGGAGCCUUGGAGUUAUCCUGUACACCAUGUUGUCUGGUCAGGUACCUUUCCAAGGUGAAAGACGUGGAUCUCCACAGAGUCGUGCUGCUGAUAUUAUCCGCAAAAUUAAAGAAGGAGACUUCAGCAUGGAAGGAGCAAGUUGGGAACAUGUGAGCGAGGAUGCCAAAAUUCUAGUGAGAGGCUUGCUGACUGUUGACCCUUCCUGUCGACUAAAUCUGCAUGAUCUCCAGGAGAGUGAGUGGCUGCGAGGAGGCCGUCCACUCUCCUCAACUCCUCUCAUGACACCUGAUGUGCUGGAGUCCAGUGGGUUAGCCACAAAAACUUGUGUCCAUGCCACUUUUAUGGCAUUUAACCGUGGAAAGAGAGAAGGUGUGUUCCUAAAGAGUGUGGAGAAUGCCCCCCUCGCCAAGAGGCGUAAAUUAAAGCAAUGCAGCACUGGGGUUGACACACGCAGUGGCUCCUCGUCUUCCUCCUCCUCCUCUUCAUCAGCAGCUGCUCACUCCCCUAAAUCCAGACCCCAACACAAGGGCACGGACGUAGGCAUCCCCAACCACCAGUCCCACUGAUACACACUACACUCUUGUUUUUUGAACGGGGUAUCGACCAGAAAAUGGAUGCAGAUGAUCUCCUGAUGCCCCCACUAACAAUUACUGCCCUAGGUUUAAUGUGUGCUGGUAUGUAAGAAUGUAUGAAUACAUGUGUGUAUGUCUGUGUGUGUGCAUCAGUGUAUGCACAAACACACAUUAUGGUUGAGCAAGUUUAUAAUGGUUUUAGAAUGAUGCAUAUAUGUGUGUAUGUAUGUUUACAUACACACCUAUAUACAGACUUGUAUCUCUUACAGAGAUAAGAGAUCAUUAACUUAUUCCGGAAUAGUAUGUUUUUUAUAUGGUAGAAGGUUUUAUUUUACAAAUCAGGAGACACUGGACUAGAUGUACUCCAUUGAAUGAAAGCUUUGUAAUUCCUGUGUGGUUUGCUAUUGCAUCAUAGCACCCUGAUAAGCACGUGAUUUUGUUUGUCAACCUAAUUUUUCUUUUGUGGUGAAUUUUUUGUUUUGUUCUUCUUUUCUUUUCAUACGUAGAACAAUUGGGGCUUAUAUUUAGCACAUAUAUAACAAACUUUAUUAUUUUAGAUUCCUGCUUGCUUGCUACUUGUAGCAAGCAAUUCAUUUUUUCUGCUCUUGCGCAGUAUAUGCAAGUUGUUUUGCGUACUUUAUUACUUGCACAUCUAGUUUGGACCUUUCUCCUGCACCGUUUGUAUUGUUGUGAAAUAUAUUUAAGUAAAACCAUCACAUCUGAGGUUUAUGCCCAAUCCAAUGGCUUACUUAAAGCUAACUGCGGCUUUUGCUAUUUUUAAUUUUUUUUUAAAUACCAAACAAAUUGUAUUUUUAAUUGACAUUGUAUUCCUAGCUGUCCCGGCACUACAGGGGCAUAUCAUGUAAAAUAAUAAUUUAACCCUGACAGUGUUGCAUGUACACAGUAUACACAGCACGUACAUGUAACGAAUACCUAGAACACACAUGCACUAAUACAGAUUUUCUUUGCAUAUCCCUGACUGCACAUUAGUCCACCCAGAGCAUCAUGGAGUGAUGAUGUCACCCGUGGUACAGAAGUGAUGCAAAUGUAAUUGUGUUUUUGUAUUAGCACUUCCCGCCCAGUAAGCAUUUAAUUGCAAUUACAUGGGUGAACGGAACAAGCAACUAUCAUAGAAAAAGUAACCCUUCCACGUCAUUGUUUUUGGCUUGUCCUUACUGAUCUGAAAUCAAUGUGGCUUAGCUUAGAUUAUUUUUCCUUAAAGGAUUUUACCUACGCAGCCCUGAAUUCUAUAUGGCAAAACUCAGGUAACUCCUUAUAUUAGUGUCGCAAUCUACUUAUCUCAACGGUGCUAAAUAGUAUAUAUUAUCAUAAUAUAUAUAAUAAUACUCUGUCUUUAUGAUAUAGAUUAUGUGUAAGUAAUGAUGCAAUCUCUAACACAAAGCUAGAUUUAUUUGGCCAUUUAAUCUUUGUACCUGUACAGAAUGUAUAUAAAGAUGUCUAAAUGGGAUUUACACAUAAGAAUCAAAAGGAGUACAUUGCUGACUUAUUUUCUUAUCUGGGAGUUUCUAUUUUCAGAUUAUCAUGUUUUUAUUUGUACAUUUGUACCUUUUAUUUAUUAUAC